AUGUUUAAUGUGUCAUAUGAUGUUCUCAGGUACCGAUUGUCUGGAAAGCACAAACCUGCCAGUACAGCACACGAGCAUCAAAUGACAUGCACCGUGGCACAAGAGGAGGUUCUCCUGGACUGGAUGUUCUUACAUGCGGAGGAGGGCCACCCAUGGAGCGGGCAGAGGAUUCUGUUGAAGGUCCGUCAGAUGACCGGAGAAGAGAAGGGACCUGCCUGGGUCAAAAAGUUCAAGGAUCGGCACAGCGAUGUCCUGAAAUUCUGCGGAACGUCAGGUCUUGAUCCGAAACGGGCUCAUGCAUUCAACCCGACAGCAAUCCGGAAGCAUUUCACCGAAUACGGUGAUGCCCGGGAGAAAUUUGGAUACAAGAUCACGAAUAUCUAUAACCUCGACGAGAAGGGCAAUCAGAUUGGAGGUGGACGCAAAAGAACGGGGAAAAAGUACUUCGUCCCGCGAUCUGACCGAGCCAAGUACAAGACCCGUGACGCCAGCCUCGCACUGGUUACUGUCAUUGAAUGCUGCUGCGCAGAUGGGUCAAUGCUGAAGCCCGGCUUCAUCUUUCAUGGAGGAACAGGCAAGAUAUCGACAUACGAAAGAGACUGGUUCGAGGUCGAUGAGGACAUAUCUAUUGGCCUCACAGCAAAUGGGUGGACGGAUGAUCUACAGUGUGAAAAGUGGUUCGAAGAGUCCUUCAUACCCCAGGCGCGUGCACGCGCAGAUGACCCCAGUGAACGAAUUCUGCUUUGCUUUGAUGGGCAUGGCUCACACGUCACCGAUCGCAUGCGGAUUCUUGCCAAAGAGAACAAUAUAGAUUUUCAUCUAUUCGUUGCGCAUACUACCCAUAAGUGUCAACCUCUGGAUGUCGGUGUUUUUGGGCCUCAGCAGCGGAAGUGGACAGAGCGGAUGGAGGAGAUCGCAGAGGAGACUGGCGAGGGAUUGCAGCGAGCCGAUUUCGUCAAGGAGUACAUGGCAGUCCGAGCAGCGUCAAUUACUGAGGUGAUUGUGAAGGCGGCCUGGAGGAAGACAGGGUUAGAGCCCUUCAAUGCUGAUAUUUUCACGGAUCGGGACUUCACACCAAGCCGGGUUACAUCAAAGCAUGCUCGCCUUCCUGCGUCAUUUCCAGCGACACCCAGCCCCGUAGCACCACAACCUUCAUCGAACUCUCCUACUCCUCUAUCUUCAGUGCUCCCUGGAGCAGAAGUUGGACCAACAUACAACGGAGAUAUCGACCCAGAAUUGCUGGAGGACAACAACGGACAUGAAACAUCUGUUGCACUCGGAAAUGUGUCUGAACCGAGCAUUUCACAGGAAUCAGUGAACCCAACCACGUCUGAUGGGCCACCGGAAUCUCCAGCACCAGAUAAUCAGGCUGCCAUGCCACUACCAAACGAGGGUGACAAGGUGCCAGAGUUUCAUCGGUCCCCGAUCCACAGGCGAUUGCCACUUGCUGAGCAGUGCCGAAUCUUGAAGCACGACCUCGACGCAUGCCACUCAGCUUAUCUCAGUGAAUUCACCCUGCGCCAAAAGGCCGUUGCUCAUUGUUCACUCGCAUCUGCGGAGAUCGAGUCACUCAAAUCACGGCUCAACACUAGGCAACAGAAGAGCACUCGAAAAUCACGCCGGUUUCAGAGCUCCCACAACUUCCUGAUGGGCGAGCAAGCAGAGGCUGAGUUUGCCGAACGCCUGCGCGAGAACAACGCAAAGGCUGCAGCAAAGGCUGCGAAGGAGGCUAAGAGAAAUGCAACAGAUGAGGCAACUCGUCGUCGCCGAACGCAGCUUGCAAUUGACAGGAAUAUCCGAUUUAGGACCAUCCCAAAGCGGAAGGCAGACGUUGAAGAUCUUGCCUAUCUCCUCCACCUCCCUCUCGACGGCACUGUGGCAACGCUGACUGCGGCUAUCAAGUCUCAUCUUCAAGAAACACCUCUAUUGAAGACAGAUUCACGAUUUGCUGGCCUUUAC